AUGAUUAUUGAUUUUUCCGAUUUGGAUAUUUCGCUGGUCGGUUUUUUUCUGGGAGCUCUUAUCUCAUCGAGAAGUUGUUAAUAAUUAUUAUUUGUUGACAAAUCCUCUUGUCGGUCAUGUCAAAACACUCGUUUUUUCUGUUGAAUCGGAACAAAAAAAGAAAUACAUACAUAGAGAGCCAUGUUUAGAAACUAAACUUCAAAAAACAUCUAGUUCCGGGAUGAUAUGUUUCAAGUUUUUGUUUUCAGAAUGCGUCGCAGAUAAUCAAUCAGGUACUUCAUGAAGCUUUUCUAUCAUCGAAUUUUGAUAACUAUACGUCAGCAAUUAUAGCUUUGGAUAAACCAGCAGCUUGGCAAAGUGAGUUAUUCAGAAAUGAUGUCACUUUUCUCGCUUCCCUCACCUCUUUUUGUAACGAUAAGAUCUUUUGUUAUUUUUUGCUUCCCAAAACAUUUCUGGACUGGUCUUUCUUCUAUUUUCAUACAAAUAUAAAUAUUAAAAACAAUAAUCGAUAGGGAAAACAUAUAGUCACAAGAAACAAAAAAAUGUAUCAUCUCAUCUGCUAUACGAACCACUCAUAGAUGAAUUGAUUCCAGAUGUUUUUUGUUAUUUUUCAGCAUGGGGAAUCGGAUUUGCAAUUGUAUCGGGGUGUAGUUUCUCGGCACCACUUGGAAUUCUACUUCUACCAUGUUUGUCCAAAUCGCUUUACGAGAGAAUUAUGACGUUUUUGGUGGCUGUCGGAAUUGGUGCACUUUCCGGUUCCACUAUUUUUAUCAUGCUACCUCAGACUUUCAAGUUGGGAAGCUUUGAGAAUUUCGAAUAUCACACUAAAUCGUUGAUUAUUUUAUGUGCACUUUAUGCGUUUUUCACAGUGGAUCGACUCUUGCAAUAUAUUUUGGAGUUUCGUAGAAGGAGGCAAACAAAAAGGAGAAUUCAUGCUUCUACAAUUGCUUCGCUUAUGAACACACCGGUUGUUAGAAGAAAAGAUAAUGGAGUGAGUUAUUAUAUGGGUGAAUUGAGCCAGUCUAGUCACUUAGGAAUCGGACCUUGUUUGUGGUCAGAUUCAGAUAUUCUAAAAAUCAAGUCCAAUUCCAAAUUUUUCGAAAAAAAAUUCAAAACUAACAAUUUUCUUGAAAAUUCGAUUUUCCAGCACAAUCUAACUGAAGAAACUAUUGUAUCAAAUGGCGCUUUGGAACAACCACCAUCUAUUACUCUUAAAGUUCCCGAACCUCAAUAUUUGCAUCCGAACCAACUAACUCAAAAUCAAAAUCAUGAUCCAGAAAGGCAGGAAAAAGAGAUAGCCGAACUUGCAAAUGAUCUCGAAAUUGCAUUAACAAACAAUGUACUCGCUAGAACUUUCUCGACACGUCGAAGAGUUGCUGUUGUUAGUGGAGGACUUGAUGAAAUUGAAUUUCGAAGUCCUAAACACUCUCAUCAACCUUCAAAUGCAUCGCAGUUUCUUGGAGCUGUCAAUAAUGAAUUUCACAAAAGAAUGACCCCGUUAUCUUCUCGUCCAGGCAGUCCAACUAUUGAUGUGCAAAUGGCGAAAGAUUCAAUGGAGAUGAAACAAAAAAGAUCGGAUUCAGAUUCGAUGUCAGUGUCGAUUCGAGUUGUUGAGAAAAAAGUUAUCGAACCAGCGGCAAUGGAAGUUGCAUCAGUCGCGUAUAUGAUUAUUUUUGGAUCUGCUGCCAAUAAUUUUGUAGAUGGAAUGAGUAUGGGAGCUGCAUUUUCUGAUAAUUUACUACGCGGUUUGAGUAUUGGAAUUGCUGUUAUUUCUCAACAAUUUCCACAAGAACUUGGAACAUUGGCGAUUUUGGUAAAAUCAGGACUUGGCCUUAAGAAGACCCUGCUCUUCAAUAUGGUACCGAUUAUUUUGAGUUUUUUGGGAUUCUCAAUUGGUGUAAUGUUGGAUAGUGUUGAUGAUUCUUAUGAUGAAUAUAUUUUCGCAAUUUCCUCCGGGAUGUACAUGUAUAUUUUUCUUGGAACUCUGGUAAAGUUUUUUAUUUGAAAUUUAAUUAUAAUUUUGUGAUUUCAGAUCCCUGAAAUUCGAGAGUCUACCAAUGAACUGAUCAAAGAAAAUCUACGAGAAUCAAUUCUUGUUUCAAUAUUGCAAGCUCUCGGGAUAUUAUUCGGAACAACAUUUAUGUAUUUUAUGAGUCGUGUCAACUCGGUGGAUUUUUAA